UCACCGGCGCUCCGGAGUUGUGCGCUCGCACGAAACACGCGGAACAGAGCCGCCUCCGAUCGCGUUCAUAACACUUUAUAAACACUUGUAAAGCCCCAAAACUCGCUCAGAUCCGCCGGACGCGCGCUGAACGAGCCUCGCGCGUCCAAACUGUACAAGAAAAACAGUUUUCGAUGAAGGAAAAGCGAGUGUAAGCACUUCGCGCGCUGAUGUUUUGGAUUCUCAGGCGACAGAUUUGAGGAGUCUGAAGACAGAGAAAGUGUGUGUGUGUGUGUGUGUGUGUGCGUGCGUGCGUGCGCGCGCUUGGGUGUGUGUCGGGGUGUGUUUAAUGACAGUUGAAUCUGUGUGUGUGUGUGUUUGUGGAGAGAUGAAGAUCGAGUUCGCUCCUCUGCGUCUUCCUCUGCGCAGGCGUCUGCAGACAGCCGCAGUCGUGCAGUGGGUCUUCAGCUUCAUAGCUCUGGCUCAGGUCUGUCUGGCAGCGUUCGUGCUCCUCUGCCUCAGUGAUUGGUGGAUUCUGGCCGCGCUGUAUGCUGGUUGGCUGUAUCUGGACAGGGACACACCCUUGUGUGGAGGUCGGAGGUCGCACUGGGUCAAGAGCUGGCGCGUGUGGACGUAUUUCAGGGAUUAUUUCCCCAUCACUCUGAUAAAGACGGCGGAUCUGGACCCUCGUUAUAAUUAUCUGUUCGGGUUUCAUCCUCACGGCGUGCUGGUGGCCGGCGGAUUCGGGAAUUUCUGCACGGAAGUGUCGGGAUUCUCUCAGAUGUUCCCCGGACUCACGCCAUACCUGCUGAUGCUGCCCUUCUGGUUCAGAGUUCCCUUCUUCAGAGAAUACGUCAUGUGCGGAGGGCUGGUGUCGAGCGAGAAGGCCAGUGCGAGUUACCUGUUGAGUCGUCCAGGUGGAGGUCAUGCAGCGGUGAUCGCUGUGGGCGGGGCUCCAGAAUCACUGGACGCUCGACCCGGAGCCUUAACCCUUCAGCUGCUGCAGCGCAAGGGCUUCAUUAAACUCGCCCUCAAACACGGAGCGUGGCUGGUUCCUGUCUUCUCGUUUGGGGAAAACGAGCUCUUCGAUCAGAUGGAGAAUCCCACAGGCUCCGCCCUCCGCCGAAUGCAGGACCGCCUCCAGAGGUUCAUGGGCGUGGCUUUGCCUCUGUUUCACGCCAGAGGAGUUUUCCAGUACAGCUUCGGUCUGCUGCCCUACAGGAAGCCCAUUCACACCGUGGUGGGACGUCCCAUUCCUGUCUCUCAGAACCCGUGUCCCAGUAAAGACGACAUCGACGCUCUUCACGCUCUCUACAUGGAGGCUCUGACGCAGAUGUUUGAAGAGAAUAAAACAAACUACGGCAUCUCAGAGGACAAACAUCUCAACUUCAUCUGAACUCUGAUCUGUGUGUGUUUACAGUGAUACAACUAUCAAGAAAAUAAUAACAUUAAUACGAUCUGUCACGGAUCAUCGGGAAUGGUGUGUGUGUGUGUGUGUUACAUAUAAUAUUCUAGAAUGAUUUGUAUUAACUAUCAUACAUGUUACAUAGUUAAACAUGAGUAAUGUGCCUUUAUUCAUUAAUAUAACACAUAAGGUACCUACAUAUUAAAAAUAUUAAGAUAAUUUUUAUUAAAAUGUUUUUAUGCAUCCUUCAAUGAGAACAUCUAGUCCCAACAUAACAAUGUGGUUAUGCAAAUAAAAUAGCGAUGCAUUAUGGGAGCUGCACGGUCAUAUCCAUAACUCUUCCUUAUUUUGUUACUGUACUUGAACACUUUAUAGACUGGUUGGAAGAUGUGCAUUUAUAAUGUUUAUUGUAGAUCUACAUCAGGGUUACUUUGUUACUUUGGUCUUUAAUCAGGAAUUGAUCCGGAAAAAUGAAAGCAAAUAAAUUUGUGCUUUUUCACAA